GUACUCGGCGUGCGUGCUCGUCGCGUGCUGGAGCUCAGACGGGCGCAGUGAACUACGGGCGUGUUGCGAGAGCCCCUAUCAGUAGCCUCGAACGAUUCAGCUGCGACGCACCGCCAUAUACAUAUAUUAGCUUCAGAGAGCAGCUCUCUAAACACGGUCGGAGAGCAGCCAUGGACGCCGGCCUCCCGACCGGCUUAUUAGAGCGCUACCCCCACCACCGCGCAACUUUGCAACGCCUCGACGCGCUCGACCAGCGCAUCGACGACUUGGAAAGACGCGCGGCCGUGCGCCGGAGUCAACGCGGCACACCAGGCUUCUCCGCAGCAGCCAGAGCGCGCGGAGUACUAAGAGUGUGGUGCUCCCACCGCGUCGCCACCAGAACGUCAACCCAACCCUCACCGAAGAAACGCGCCAAGACGGAGAAUGCAGGCGAGGAGCACUUCUGGGAGCUGACGAUUGAUGGCAAGGUCAUCGAUGAUGGUUGUGACGGCCAAAAUCAAAUCUCGGCCGACGCUCGGACCUUCGGCGACCUCGUGGAUCGCGUGGAAGUAAGCUUGGACCGCAAGCAGGGCAAGGGCGCGACAAUCUGCUGGCGGCCGUCGCCGCGAGAUAGACGCGUCGACGGUUUGGUCCUAUCCAGAGCCUUUAAACCGGGCGCGAAGGCGUCUUGUUUAAUUAGAGUCUCAAUCUUCGCGCGGCGCCGCGCCUUCGACCGAGACCGGGUGAAGCUGGGUCCAUCAUUACAAAAGCUCAUGCGCAUCACGCGGGACGAGGAGACGCGCGACAAUGUGGUGCGGGCGAUUUCGCGAUAUGUCGACGUGAAGAACCUGCGGGACGCGCGCGACGGCCGGCAGAUUCAAUGCGACGCGGUCCUGCAGGGCUGUCUGGGCGUCCCGUCGUUCAAUUUCACGCAGCUCGAGGAAUUAUUGCAGCCCCAUUUACUGGUGCCGGAGCCCGUGUUUUUAGAUAGACAAUUAUCUGCUGGCGACGCGGACCCGGAGCCGCAAUUUAUGGACGUGCCCGUGGACAUUCCUAUUAGAAGGCCGCUCCACGCGCCGCUGGCGAACGACGACCACCGGGGUAGGGAUUUGGAGGUGCUGCUGGUCGCGAGGGCGCGGGCGGCGUGGGCGGCGCACGCGGCGGCAUCGUCGUCGUGAGGCCGGGUAAGUCAUGUUAACGUAUGCGG